AUGAGAAAGUUGGGGGAGGAGGAGGAAGAGGCAGCUGCGGUUGUAGGUCAAGGUGCUGCUGCAGGCGGUGAAGCAACUGCUGGAGCUGGAGGAGGAGGUGCCAGAGCUGCUGCUGGUGCUGCUGUUGCUGCGGUUGUUGCUGCUGCUGCUGCUGCUGCUGCUGCUGCUGCUGCUGCUGCUGCUGCUGCUGCUGCUGCUGUUGCUGCUGUUGCUGCUGCUGCUGCGGAGGAGGAGGAGGAGGAGGAGGAGGAGGAGGAGGAGGAGGAGGAGGAGGAGGAGGAGGAGGAGGAGGAGGAGGAGGAGGAGGAGGAGGAGGAGGAGGAGGAGGAGGAGGAGGAGGAGGAGGAGGAGGAGGAGGAGGAGGUAGAGAGAAGGGUUGACUCGGGGCAUGGUGGGCUUGGGUGGAGAGUUUACACUGAAGUCCCCGAGUCGGGCCAUAGCGAGGCACAUAUUCACGAGGAGAGAAGGCUGCUGCUGCGCCGCAGCCUGCGCUCAAACCCCUGA